UAAAGGAUUUCCCCCUUAUCCUUAAGCUGUGACCCCUUGUCCUGGACUCCCCUAACAUCGGGAACAAUCUUCCUGCAUCUAGCCUGUCCAACCCCUUAAGAAUUUUGUAAGUUUCUAUAAGAUCCCCUCUCAAUCUUCUAAAUUCUAGAGAGUAUAAACCAAGUCUAUCCAGUCUUUCUUCAUAAGACAGUCCUGACAUCCCAGGAAUCAGUCUGGUGUUGACAUGGAUAGAAAAUUGGUUGGCAGACAGGAAGCAAAGAGUAGGAGUGAACGGGUCAUUUUCAGAAUGGCAGGCAGUGGCGAGUGGAGUGCCACAAGGCUCGGUGUUGGGGCCACAACUGUUUAGUCAAGUCAAGUCAAGUUUAUUUGUCACAUACACAUACGAGAUGUGCAGUGAAAUGAAAGUGGCAAUGCUCGCGGACUUUUGUGCAAAAGACAAACAACAAAACAACCAAACAAAUUAUAAACACAAUCAUAACACACAUAUUCUUUUACAUAAUAAAUAAUGGAAGGAAAAACGUUCAGUAGAGUUAGUCCCUGGUGAGAUAGGCGUUUACAGUCCGAAUUGCCUCUGGGAAGAAACUCCUUCUCAACCUCUCCGUUCUCACCGCAUGGCAACGGAGGCGUUUGCCUGACCGUAGCAGCUGGAACAGUCCGUUGCAGGGGUGGAAGAGGUCUCUCAUGAUAUUGUUAGCUCUGGAGUUGCACCUCCUGUUGUAUAGUUCCUGCAGGGGGGCGAGUGAAGUUCCCAUAGUGCGUUUGUUCGGCCGAACGCACUACUCUCUGCAGAGCCUUCUUGUCCUUGGCAGAGCAAUUCCCAAACCAGAUGGUAAUGUUCCCGGACAAGAUGCUUUCCAUAUAUAGUAAUGAUUUGGAAGUGGGAAUUAGGAGCAACACUAGCAAGUUUGCGGAUGACACAAAGCUGGAUGGCAGUGUGAACUGUGAAGAGGAUGUUAGGAGGUUGCAGGGUGACCUGGACAGGUUGAGUGAGUGGACAGAUGUGUGGCAGAUGCAGUAUAAUAUAGAUAAAUGUGAGGUUAUCCACUUUGGCGGCAAAAACAAGGGGGCAGAUUAUUAUCUCAAUGGGGUUAGGUUUGGUAAGGGGGAGGUACAGCGAGACCUGGGCAUCCUUGUACACCGGUCACUGAAAGUUGGCAUGCAGGUACUGCAGGCAGUGAAGAAAGCUAAUGGAAUGUUGGCCUUCAUAACAAGAGGAUUUCAGUAUAGGAGUAAAGAGGUUCUUCUGCAGUUGUAUAGUGCUCUGGUGAGACCACAUCUGGAGUAUUGUGUACAGUUUUGGUCUCCUAAUUUGAGGAAGGACAUCCUUGUGAUUGAGGCAGUGCAGCGUAGGUUCACGGGAUUGAUCCCUGGGAUGGCAGGACUGUCAUAUGAGGAAAGAUUGAAAAGCCUAGGCUUGUAUUCACUGGAGUUUAGAAGGAUGAGGGGGAGGAAUGGAAUGUUGGCCUUCACUCUGACAGUGGAGGAGGCUGUUUACAUGGAACUUUCCCAUUGUAGGAAGGAACUGCAGAUGCUGGUUUAACUUGGAGACAAGACACAGAGUGCUGGAGUAACUCAGCGGGACAGGCGGCGUCUCCGGAGAGAAGGAUCGGGUGAUGUUUCGGGUCGAGACCCUUCGUCAGACGGACCCAUUCUUUGUCCCCAGAGAUGCUGCCUGUCCCGCUGAGUCACGCCAGCAUUUUGUGUCCACUCUCCCACCGCAGGCGGGAGUAACGGGAUUGUUUACAUGUUGUAGGUUCAUCGCACACGGCAUCCACCACUGCUACGGAACUUUCCGGCACAAUUUCCUGGGCACGCGGUGGAGUUUCUACCUCAUGUACCUGUUGUCCGUGGGCACGGGAGCUGCGUCCUGCCUCUUCCUCUGGGUCACUGUGGACCGGUGUGGACGCCGUGGGAUCUUGCUGCUCCUCAUGACCAUCACUGGCCUUGCCUCACUCAUCCUGCUCGGCCUCCGCAUGUACCUGAACGACGCCACUGUCCUCACCUCCACGUUGGGCCUGUUUUCUACUCCUCGCUCUUGUAAUUCCGCCGGGCUCCUAGCUUUUUUCUUUGCCUGUAAAUUUAGAUCAUUCCCGACCGUCACCAGGGGCCUAGGCCUGGGCCUGGUGUUGGGCCUGUCGUCGUUGUCGGGCCUAGGGCAGCCGCUGUUGGAGUUACAGGGUCGCCGCGGUGACUUCCUGCAACACGUACUCUACGCCUCACUCGCGCUGCUCGCCAUCCUCUCCCUGCUGCUGCUGCCCGAGAGCAAACGCAAGGCCCUGCCCGACUCGCUGGCCCAGGGGGAGAGAUACAGACGGCCAGCGCUCCUCGCCCGGCACCGGGACAACCUGCCCCUCCUGACCGCACCCAACCCUGACAUCUGACCCCUCACCCCGACAUCUGACCCCUCACCCUGACAUCUGACCCCUCACC